UUCCGCGGCAGUCGCCGCGAAGCUUCGUUCGUGUUCACAGCUUUGGAAGCGCCACUAUCUGUCCGUAGCCCGUACCCCGUAGAUUAGUAACACCAAAGGCAGGUUAUCAAAUAAGAUUGGGUUUUGCCUCAAUUUUAAAGUUACUCAUAAUUUCGCCGAUAAGUCAAGGCUAUACUAAAAUUAAGAAACAAACUACGAUGAAUGGAAAUAGAAACCUCUGCCCCUUGGUAAUAUUGGCCGCCCUUUUAGCCUUGGGUGCAAAUGGGGCUCCGCAGCAAGACUCGAACGCGGAGAAAAACAUUCAAGAAAUAUUCAAUACCAAUCCAAGUAUCCCGGCAAACAAUCGACCUUUAACACAGUCACCUACUGGAUUUGGGGUAGUAGUAACACCAGUGCCAAUAGAUCCCUCCAGCCAACUGACGAACUUUAACUCUAUAAGCGGAAAGACGGUUACGUGCAAUUGUGUUCCUUAUUACAAAUGUGACCCGUCUACCAAUAGUGUAACAGAGGACGAGACGUUCGACGGAUUCGGUGUGAUCGAUAUCCGCUUUAACGAUGACGAUCCAGUCUGCCCAUCCUCCGUGGACAUAUGCUGUGCUGGCAACAGGACACGUACUGAGACGCUGAACCCGACGCCGUUGGAUAAACGACCGAACCAGCCCCGGGGCUGCGGCAUUCGCAACGUUGGUGGUUUGGACUUUACGCUCUCCGGUGUCACUCAGAAUGAAGCUGGUUUUGGCGAGUUUCCAUGGACAGUGGCCCUGCUGCACUCUGGCAAUUUUAGCUAUUUCUGUGCCGGUUCACUAAUACACCCGCAGGUGGUUCUGACUGCGGUGCACUGUGUCGAGACUCAUGCUCCGGGGAGCUUGAUGGUCCGCGCUGGCGAGUGGGACUCUCAAACAACUAAAGAGCGUCUCCCCUAUCAAGAUAGAACCGUGCAACGCAUCAUUACACAUCCGCAAUUCAAAAGUCGAAACAUAGCUAAUGAUUAUGCGCUUGUUAUUCUCGCUCAGCCGGUUACUUUGGACGAUCAUAUCAAUGUGGUCUGCUUGCCACGACAAGGUGAAAGUGCCGCUCCUUCCGUUACCUGUACUUCCACUGGCUGGGGCAAGGAUGUAUUCGGAUCUCCGGGAAAAUACAGUGUAAUAAUGAAAAGUGUGCCGCUGCCUGUCGUGGACUUUAACACUUGCCAAACACGACUGCGGGGCACGCGACUUGGCCCUAAGUUUGCCUUGGAUAAGUCAUUUAUGUGCGCAGGCGGCCAGCGCGGCGUGGACACCUGCCAGGGCGAUGGUGGCGCCCCACUUGCCUGCCCCAUUGGACUUGCCUCAGAGAAUCGUUAUCAACAGAGCGGUAUUGUGGCCUGGGGAAUUGGCUGCAAUGAUGAGGUGCCUGCGGCAUAUGCUAACGUGGCAUUGGCCCGAGACUGGAUAGAUCAGCAAAUGUUAGCCAAUGGUUUCGACACAUCGGUGUACUCCGUUUGAUUAAUUUCUGAGCCUACACUUUUCAGUUCAUUUAUUUAGCCUGUUCCUUUUGACAAAUGAUAUUUAAUAAAAUGCUGCAGCUGCAGAAGUCAUUGUGA